GAAAACAUGGCGAGUUUAAAUGUUUGAGUCGGAGUUUCAAACAGGUUUUAGCGGGAUUUUAUGAAACAGGACGCAGAGAGUUCACCGUUCUGGACUCGGACAUGCGUUUCCAAGUUAUCGUCGCUGCUGUCUUCUGGUCUGGAUUUGUGGAGUCGCGGAAAGUUAGAGGAAUAUCUUCGUCCUACAAGAGGUUCUACAAAGAGAGGAAGUCCUUUCUGUGCAUCGAUGGGUCCAAAAUCAUCCCCUUUGAGCAGGUGAACGAUGACUACUGUGACUGUGAGGAUGGAUCUGAUGAACCAGGCACUUCAGCGUGUCCUCGUGGCCGAUUCUACUGCACCAAUCUGGGUUUUCGGCCACAUUACAUCCCAUCAUCACGGGUCAAUGAUGGCAUUUGUGAUUGCUGCGAUGCUUCAGACGAAUACAACAGCCCUGCUCACUGCCAGAACACUUGCUGGAAUCUGGGGCAGAAAGAAAGGGCCUACGUGGAGGGCCAGAUGAGGACACUGGACGAGGGUUUGCGACUCAAACAGCAGCUGAUUGAGGAGGGAGUUCUGCUCUGGAGGGAGAAACAGGCCCAGCUAAGAGAGCUCCAGCAGGUAGCCGAAGACCUACAGAUCAAAUUAGAGGAGCAUCGGAGGAGGAAGCACGAGGCCGAGCGACUCAAAGAGCAAACAUUAAAGGCUCUGGAAGCAGGUGACAGCGGUCUCAGACAUCAGAACAGAACAGAAACCAGCAUUUUCCAGUUACUGGACAGCAAUAAAGAUGGCAGUAUAACAGUGGAUGAAGUCAAGACUAAAGUGGUGCUGGUCCACGAUGAGGAGCGACUUCUCUCCGAGGACGAAGCACUGGGUUUGUUGGGAGGAGGCCAUCAAAUCGACCUCACCAAGUUUCGACGAACACUCUGGGACGUCCUAACAAGAGGAGACAGUGUCAAGAUCAAAGACACACCAGGCAGUGAUGAUCCUCACUUAGAGGCAGCUGACAAAGCUGCAGAGUGGGAGGCUACCAAUCUGAAGAAGGUAGAAGAAGCCUAUGAGACCGUCAACAUGGAAAUAAGUGAUCUACGGAAGAAGCUGGCCAUAGACUAUGGAACAGAUUGGGAGUUUCUGUUUUUGAACAGCCAGUGUUACAAGCUGAAAGUGUAUGAGUAUAUUUACACCCUCUGCCCGUUCAAUCAAGUCACACAAAAGAACACUGCAGGAACAGAGGUGUCAUUAGGACCAAAUAACUCCAGACUCUUCACAACCUGCUCAAACUCUUGGUACAGGACCUCACCACACGGGUCAAGAAGGACGUGGGGGAUGUGGGCAGGAACGCCGAAGAACCAGUACAGUCAGAUGGUGUAUGAGAACGGAGAACCCUGCUGGCAAGGAGGUUCACGCACCACCACGGUCACUCUGACAUGUGGAACGGAGACAGCCCUGCGAUCGGUGAAGGAGCCCAGCAAAUGCCAGUACAUCAUGGACUUUCAGACUCCGGUGGCCUGUCAGCCGGUGCUGAAGCAGCGCGGUAUACACAGCGAACUGUGACCCGGCCGGACCAGAAUAACUCGGACCCGACGCCCCCUCGGCCUCGCAGCCGGCAGUGACAGUCCGGGUCCUCAGGGUCCCCUCUGACAUCUGUGUUGUCAGAACAUAUAUACUUCCAAGCAGAAGGUCAGAAUCUGAUCUUCAGCAGCACUCUUUAGUUUCCAAUGAUUGUUACGGCUCUGCUUUAUCUUACUUGACUGAAGGAUUUAAGGAACACAGGGCGAUGUUUAUGCCUUUAAAGGCUUUAGAUUGCUAUGUAAAUAAUGUCGCUGUUUUAAAUACCUGCUUAUUCAUACGCACAAAUCAAAAAACUGUGUCCUUCAAUUUCAUUAUAGCAGAUUCUUUCUUAUAUACAGCCUUAUUUAACCCUUAAAGAGAAGUCUGGUAAUGUGAUGUAUUUCUGUUACUGUCAACAAGUCCCACGAAAAGACCAAACCAACAAUGCUGUGAUCUGCACAGCAGUGUUCCUAGUUGAAGAGCCAAUAAUCAAACAUGAACACUGUCUAAUGUGUAUUAACCCACACCUGAAACUAGUCCCCAGGGAAUCUACUAUAUACUCUUGUUUGAGUGACCAAGAAACUAUCUAACUUCCUGUAAAACUUCAGCUAGUUGCAACCUAGCAAAGUAUUGUUGGUUUGUUCUUCUCAAAACACAAAGCAAAAGCUAUAAACUAAAGUCACCACAGUAUAUUUUCAUAAAAAAACAACUUGGUCACUGUGUAAAUGGUGAAAAAUAUCAACAUUACCACUAACGUAUUUCUGUUACUGUCAGAAAGUCCCAUGAAAAGACCAGAACCAACAAUGACACGAUCUUUAUAACAGGAAUUGUUAGUUUUAGAACUAAAAAUCAAACAUGAAUUGAAUUAACUGCAAACAAAUUAUUGACUAAGUAUUGUUGGCUUUGUUCUUCUCAAGAGACAAAGUAUGUUUACACCAAAGAUCCAGCUAGAUCACUGUGUAAAUAGUUCAAAAUAGUGACAUUACUAUGAAUGUACCUGCUGUAUCAUUUCACCGCUGCUUUAUGAUUUACUAUCUGGUGUUAACUGAAAACAUUAUUUCCUAAACAAUCAAAAAGAGUUAAAUAUUCAAGGUAAAGACCUGCAGUUGAUGUAUGUGUAGUAUUCAUUUAUACACUGCAGCUACAGUAGUAUAGUCUGGUAACCUAAUAUUUACAGUCUUUUGGUGAUUACUGGAUGUAACAUCUCUGGUCUGUGCAGGCUGCUUCAUGCUAUGCAUGCUGUCUAUGAUGUUGUUAUGUAACAGAUUGUGGGGUUUCUGCAGCAGAGCCCUCUGCUCAUUAAGGAGGAGCUAAAUCAGCUGUCAGGUAUCCAAUAGGCUGCCUGAUAUAUUCCUACGCUGCCAGGGCAGCUGGGUGGCUGUUUGCCUGCUAGCAAUGCAAUAGCCUGAGGCCCUGCAGCCCAGGGACUGCUGCUUUAUAUUUACACGGCUUCAGCUCCCAUCCACACUCUCUGUUUGAUGGCCAAUGGAACUAUUUGCUUUCACCUUCCAUUUUCACAGCAGCGGUCACCAAAUCUGGCAAAAGGGAUUCUCAGAACUAAUGUCACAAAUUGGACUUCUGAGCAAUUAUCAAGUCUGCUAAACUGUCAGAACUAAACAGUAUUAACCUAUUAUGAUUCCCCACAAUCUGACACAGUAUCACUAUAUAUUGUAAUCUCUGCUUCAGCACAAACCUCCAAACUCCACCAACAGCUGGAAAUCCUGCCAAUCAGCCCGACGGUGUCAAGAGCAGGAGGCAGCAUCACAUUACCGGCAUCUGGAGAAAAAGUUUAGAUUGCAACAUAUGGUGAACCAUGUGAUUGCGCCUCAUAAAGAACUUUUCCUCAAUCUGCAGGGUAUUAACAACUCCUCACUUUACUGAAUGAUCAUCAUGUGUUAAAUUACUUGCGUGCUUCACCCCACACAGCGUGGGUGGGAAGCACAUUGGAAGAUAGCAGUUUAAAUGGACAGUUAUUAAAAAGAAGAGGGAAAAAAACACAA